AUGGUGACUGGAGAGUGCACAUUUGAGAUCAAGACACUUUAUCCUGAGUGUACUUGCCCCCUAACAUUUAAAAAUGGGCAAGUUACAUCAACCUAUGUGGCAAAGAGGUAUUUGAAGGAUUUUGGUAAGAAUCCUAAUUGGGAGGUCUCAGGCAUUAAGCACCAUGUGAUGCAGAAGAUUUCAAUUGAUUUAAGUCUUAGUCAGGUGUAUAGAUCAAGGAAGGCAACUAAGGGGCUGAUUACUGGGAAUGAAGAAGCUCAGUAUAGCCUACUUAGAGAUUAUGCAGAAAUGAUAUUAAGGACAGAUGUAGGAAGUAGGGUGAUUCUGCAAACAGAGAUGGAAAAUGAGAAUGCAAAGCCCAAGUUUAAAAGGAUGUACAUUAGGUACAAUGCUCAGAAGGUUGGCUUUCUAGGUGGUUGUAGACCCUUUGUUGAGCUGGAUGGAUGCCACUUGAAGGGUAGGUUUGGUGGACAAUUAUUGUCUGCCACUGCCAAGGAUGGAAAUGACAAUAUAUUCCCAGUGGUAAUGGUUGUGGUUAAGCAAGAAAACAAGGAUAGCUGGACCUGGUUCUUGGAGCAGUUUACAGAUGACAAUGGCAGGCUAGAGGAGCUCAAUCUGGUAUUCAUCAGUGACAGGCAGAAGGGUCUUCUACCUGCAAUGGAGACUCUAUUCCCAACUGUGGAGCACAGGUAUUAUGUGAAGCACAUAUACAACAACUUCAAGGUUAACCACAAGGGCAUGGAGUUGAAGAGUAUAUUGUGGAGGUGUGCUGGCUUAACAUCAGUCAGGGAAUUUGAGAGGGGGAUGGACCAUCUUAAAAGUUUGGAUGAAGAAGCUUGGAAGUACCUGGCUGAUAUAGAGCCUGCACAGUGGACCAAAUCCCACUUUUCUUCAAGAGUUUUGACAGAUUGUAUGGUAAACAAUUUGAGUGAGAGUUUUAACUCUAUGAUUGUGAAGGCUAGAGACAAGCCCAUCUUAUCAAUGCUGGAGUGGAUCAGAGUUAGGCUUAUGAGCAGACUGUAUAUAAAGAAGAUUGGCAUAGAAAAGUAUGGUGGCAAGUUGUGUCCAAGCAUACAAAAAAAGUUGGAGCAGUUAAAAUUAGAGUGUAAGGGUUUCUGUGUAAUUUCUUAUGAGAGGUUUGUGUAUGAGGUUAACAAUGAGAGGGAAAGGCAUAUGGUGGACUUGGAAAAUAGGACAUGCAGUUGUAGAGUAUGGGACUUGACAGAAUCCCCUGCAAGCAUGGAGUUGCAGCCAUUUUUAUGA